GGUGUGAUAGAAAAUACUAAACAGAACCUAAAUCGUGUAAUGUGUUAUGGAAGACUUUGCGUAAACUUCUUAGAAUAAGAUCACAGACAGUGUCCAAGCCCUCCCCAACUAACUAGCAGCUGUGAUGUCACGCUUGGCAUGUUUGUUGGCCGUUGGCUGCGCCUCACGCGAGCUCCUCGAGACGAUCCGUAACAAGAGAUGAGAAGGUCUGGGUCCUGCUCGAGCAAGUUGAUGGCAAAGUUUAAAUGCCCCAAAUAUUCGAAGGUGAAGCACAAUGCUGAGGAGAGACACAUCUCGAUCUUAUCAGGAGUUCAAUGGCGAGGACUUUGCUGCUGGGCCACUUGAGAACAAUGAUGUUUCUGAAGUGGAGCUUGAUGAAGCUAGGUGUGACCCUUUACCAGAUGAGGAUGCUGUGGACAGCAAUCUAAUGCCCAAUGGUUUCAACAAAGCUUGCCUGAAGAAUGUCUUCACAGUCAUCCUUGUCUUCAUAUACCUGCUGCUCACUGCAGUGGCUGUGUUCUUGGCCUACCAGACUAUCUCAGACUUCAUGGAGAAACUCAACCAUCCAGUGAUGUCUGUUUCAUACAAAGAAGUUGAGGAGUUUACUGCACCAGGAAUUGCUUUGUAUCCUGGGAAGGCGCAGUUAUUAAGUUGCAUGCAUCACUAUCAUGACAACAUUCCACCUCUUGUUGCAUCGGGCAGACUAGAGAAAAGUAACUGUAUAACCGAGGAGGUCAUUUACUACGGGCCUUAUUCAAACCAGACGCAAAAGCGAGCCAUAGUGGUCAGAGGGCCAACUGAUGUGAGGAACCGAGAACUAAUUUUCCUUCAGUUCAGUCGGAAUGAAACGGAGGAGGAUUUCAGCGCUAUCAGUUACAUGUUUUUUGCCACAUUCAGUGACUUGCAUAAAAGCUCGGAUAAAGCAGCUUUUAUGAUGGACUGUGAAAGGAACUACUCCAUGUGGACCUUCUCUGGGGGAUUUCGGACAUGGGUCAAAAUGUCUUUGGUCAAGACGUCUGGCAGAGGAAGUGAAUCAGUUGAAUUUAGACAGGAGUCCAGUGUGGUGAAGUACAUGGACAAGAGGCCGCCACAGGAGCAAGCCAACGAGCUUUUCUUUGUUGUGUUCCAAUGGCGAGAUCCAUUUAUACAGCAAGUGAAAGAUAUAGUCACAGCAAACCCGUGGAACACUAUAGCCAUAUUGUGUGGUGUCUUCAUGGCUCUAUUUAAAGCAGCAGAGUUUGCCAAACUCAGCAUUAAGUGGAUGAUCAAAAUCCGUAAAAGACACUUAAGGGCAAAAAUUAGAGAAUUGGACCAAAUGAGCUAAUUCUAUUACAUCUGACAACACGAAUGGAGUUUUUAAUUACGACCAUCCACCACUUUGAGACUUCUGGCGAACUAUUUCAGUGCAAAGAAUGUAUUACACUUUCAUGGAAAUGUGUUGUUGUUGUUCUAUUGUACGUUAUGUUUUAACUGGGCAAUAUAUUUUAACUUGAUGAGCUGAGCCAUGUGUUCUACAGUACAAGGGCAAAGUGUAUUAAUGUGGUUGUGACACUGAAAUAUUAACUAUUCACACUGGUUCUCAGUGAGAUUCAGCCAGCUGAAAUGAUGACUGAGUAGGAAUUUAGCUGAAACAAAAAAGGCUUUUAAUGACUGGGACCUUUGGUUAAGUUGCAUUUCCAAUUGAUCAACAAAUGUAUAAAUAUCAGGACAUUCAAUGACAGAGAAAUACGGCCUUGCUGCUGUUUUCUUCAGUGUGAAUGAGUUAUGCUUUAUUGUUAUGAGACAUGUUGUAUAGACUCAUACCAACUUAUGGAAUUAUAUCAUUGAUUUAAAAAUGUUCUGAAAACAUUAUUUAAUCGUGUUUACAAAACAAGAAGGUCUUUUUUGUAGUUAUGAUGAAACGACUUUGACUUGUUUCCAUGUGAUGUUCUUUUAUUUUAUUGUGUUAUCAAAAUUGUGUUAUUAGCAUUAUAACUUCCAAUUGUAUUAAUAUACAAAAUAUUCUUCUAUAACUGUG